CCCCUGCAGGCAUGGAGGAAACCGGGGGCGGCGGUAACCGGGAGCCGCGUGCAGGAGGGGGCGCACCGGGGAGCCGCGGAGGAGAGCAGCGGGCAUCCAGAGAGCGAGGUGUGAGCGCUGAUGUCCCUCCGAUGGUGGCAGUGCCGCUCCGUUACCACAUCAACACGGCCUGGAGGGAAUCCACGGACGGGCCUUGUCCGUCUGUCUCUUGUCCCGCUGUCUGUCCAUCCCAGCAUGGUGGAACUGCUGGCUGCCGCGUGGCCGAGCUCCAAAAGGCGUCGAGGCGUUCCCUGCCGUGUUCGGGCAACAAUAACUGAUGCCCAGGUUGCCCCUGCCCGGUGGCCGCCGGCUCGUCUUUCCGUCCAUCAAGGACAGCUUUAAUUACCCCCGGAGUCUCCCAGCUGCCGGAUCCGGUUCCCAUCAAUGAUUCAUGCCCUGCUGUGGGAAGGGGUUCCUCGGCUGCUGGGCUGAGACCGGGGGGAUUUUCCGACCUCUCCGGCAUUAAACUGGUGCGGACGGCCCUGGUGGCGGUUGGAGGUGCGCAGGGUGCCCCGUGGGGGACGAACGCAACUGCCUGCAGAGCCCUGAGGUCCCCAUGGGUGUCCUGAGCUGCAUGAAGUACCUGAUGUUCAUCUUCAACGUGCUGGUGUUUGCCGGGGGGAUCUGCCUGGUGAGCGUGGGGGUCUGGGUGGCUGUGGACCCGGCUGGUUUCCAGGACAUUGUGGCUGCCAAGCCUGUGCUGAGUGUGGGCGCCUACCUGCUGCUGGCUGUGGGCAUCGCCCUCUCGCUGCUGGGCUUCCUGGGCUGCUGCGGGGCGCUGCGCCGGAGCCGGCCGCUGCUGCUGGUGUUCUUCGUCCUCGUGAGCCUUGUCUUUGUCACACAGCUCGUUGGGGCUGUGCUCUUCCUGGCACACUGGAAGCAGAUCCGGCCAGAGCUCUUCCUGUUAGAGCUGCGAAGGAAUUACUGCGGGGAUGAGGGCGCUGAGGUCUUCUCCGUGGCUUGGAAUACCCUCAUGGUGACAUUCUCCUGUUGUGGCGUUUUAGGACCUGAAGAUUUUGGGAACGGCUCCCACUUCCAGGAGCUGCACCCUGGGACGCCCUGGCCGCAGGCGUGCUGUGCCCGGGAUGGGCUCCUGCAGGCAGGAGAGCUGCUGAGCUGGGAGCAGUGCCAGGAAAGGAGCCCUGGCUACAUCCAUGAGCAGGGCUGCUUCCCCACCUUCAGCAAGACCUUGCAGAAGUACAUCUCUGUCCCCGGGGUGUGCAGCUUGGCCGUGCUGGGCAUCGAGAUCUUUGCUAUGUUCUUCGCCUUUUGCCUUUACUACAACUUUGACUGAUGCUGGGAGCAGCUCUCCAGGCCACUGGCAGCGCAGCAGAGAUGAGCCAAAUGCCUUGGGAACAGCAGCAGGCAAGGACGCUCUGUUUUGUUGCAUAUCUCAGCCCAGCUGUGCAGAUCAGUCGCCUUGCUGAGUCCUGCAUCUGCUCCAGUGCGUGGGUAAGGAUGAGGUGGCUCAUUAUCCUGGAGCAGGGACAGGGCUCAGGUUGAAAUCUUUACACACAUCUACGCAGACAUGGAGGCCAAGCAUCAGAUUUGCUCCUGCUGCCAGGCAAACAGCUGUGACAACACGGAGCCCUGCCUCUAAAACCUCCUGAGCUGCUCUACCCCCAGGACGCCUCCAUCCU